CCUCGCUUCACUCACCUCCUGCAACCACCGUCCUCCUUGCUCUUUCCUUUCCUACGCCUCGUCAGCCAUGUCAUCAGAAUCAUCACCAGGACCCAGCAGUAUCACCUCCAAGGUCGCAAAUGCCGCACAGGAAUUUGCAGAAAAUGCGAACGCCGAGGACCCAGCCGAGGAGAGCGCUCAGGAGUCAGGACUGACGAGCAUUGAGGAACGGAAGGCCAAGCUAGCAGCUCUCAGAGCGAAGAUGCGUCAAUCCACGAAAGACAACCGCACUUCGCUCGUUGAGGAGUCCGUCAAGGCCAAGAUGACGGCACGCGAAACAGCACGUCUGGACAGACAGCGGAAGCUCGCGGAGACGCUGCGUCUCAAGGUGGAUGCGGAGGAGCGGGGCGAGGAUGUGGAAAGGCAGAAGAACUGGGAGUGGACGAUCGAGGACAACGAUAAUUGGGAGAAGAAGAAGGCGCGCAAGGCGCGGAGGGCAGACUUUGAGUUUCAUGAUGACUCCGACGCUGCACGGCGGCGAUACAAGAAGGACCUUGAUGCACUGAAGCCCAACCUUGAAGCAUACAACCGUCAGAAAGAAAUGGCACUCGGUCUCGCAGCAGGGUCUCUGUCGAAGGCCGGAUCAUCAAGUUCCUCGGCGCUCACCAAGUUCGACCCUCAAAGCGGAGCACUUAUACCUACCACCGAGCAGCAAAGGCUCGCAGCCGAGAACCUGUACCGUGACUCCAACACUCUCCUGUACGCCGACAACACUCCGUCAGAGGAUGCCAUCGACCGAGUGGUUUCUAAAAUCAACCAAGACAUCGACAAGAAGGGCAAGUUCUCGCGCAAGCGGCUCAACGAGGACGAGGGGGACAUCACCUACAUCAACGAGCGCAAUCGCGUGUUCAACAAGAAGAUUGCUCGAUACUACGACAAGUACACAGCGGAGAUUCGGGCCAGCUUCGAGCGUGGUACUGCUCUCUAGUGGACUGCCCUACAUUUCACUACGCGCUGCAGACUUGCUUCUUCAUGAUAUCUCAAUACUAGCUCCACGUCAUCUUGCAUCCACGCGAGUUAGAAGAAAAUUUGCAUCAGCUUGUUCUAUUUCGAUUUUGUAGUAUGUACACCGUAGAUGGACACUAAUACACCUCAGCCGACUACAAC